UCUCUCUCUUCCUUCGCAAUCGCAGAGGGCUCGCAGCUCUCUCUCUCUCUCUCUCUCUCUCUCUCUCUCCCUCUCUAGGAUUUUCUUUCUAUAUUUAUACACACACAUAUAUAUAUAUAUAUAUAAUAUACACAUAUCAUGGCCUCGCAAGCAAGCCUUCUCCUUCAGAAACAGCUCAAAGAUCUUUGCAAAAACCCAGUCGAUGGAUUCUCUGCCGGUCUGGUUGACGAAACCAAUAUAUUCGAAUGGAGCGUCACGAUUAUUGGGCCUCCCGAUACGCUUUAUGAGGGAGGAUUUUUCAAUGCCAUUAUGAGUUUCCCUUCCAAUUACCCAAAUAGCCCUCCGUCUGUGAAGUUUACUUCGGAGAUAUGGCAUCCAAAUGUUUAUCCCGAUGGACGUGUUUGCAUAUCAAUUCUUCAUCCUCCUGGUGAGGAUCCAAAUGGUUAUGAGCUUGCAAGUGAGCGCUGGACACCUGUCCAUACGGUUGAAAGCAUCGUGCUAAGUAUAAUAUCAAUGCUUUCCAGUCCAAAUGAUGAAUCUCCUGCUAAUGUUGAAGCUGCAAAGGAAUGGAGAGACAGGAGAGAUGAAUUCAAGAAAAAAGUGAGCCGUUGUGUAAGAAAGUCGCAAGAAAUGUUGUGAUUCAUCACCAACGCAUGCAUCUUCUCUGCUCGGUUACGCCCAAUGGAUGCCUUAAUUUAUUGCGGUGAACUGCUUCGCCAUAUGGUGCGUUGCCCUUUGUAGAAUGCCAUUAAAAUUCUCACAUCAAUCUCUUUAUUUAGUUCUUUUUCUUUUUGUCUUUCUUUUUCCUUCCAUGUCAAGUAUUUGUUACAACUCAAAUACAUCUUUUGUACCGAAACAUUUCAACUAGUGCUUGGUGACGAAGGUGUUCUUGUCAGAUACCCAAUGCACCUGUUCCUGGUUUCCUCUCUGAACUUUUUACCUUUUUUACUUUUGAAUGUCAGCUUUUUUACUUUGAAUGUCAGCUUGGGAACCUUGUGGUUUUGUCUCGAUGUAUUAUUAUUAUUAUUUUUUUUAAUUUUAUUUUU